UAUCAGAGCCUGCCUCGUCGAGUGCCUUUACAUCAAGCGCGGGUUACAAAUCGCGUUCACGGAGUUCACAACACCUCUCUCCCCCCCGAACCUUGGUGACACACCCUUUCGUCUCCACCGACCACCCCUCCAUGGAGACAGUCUACAGUCAAGAAUCAUCCGGAACAUUGCAUGUCUAUUUCUCGCCGUGUCCACCGACUUGGUGAUUGGUCCGACGGGAAGGAGAAAGAUGCUGGUGCCACCGGACAUGUUGGCCGCGCAGUCCAAGAUGCUGUAUCAGAUCAACAAAUAUUACGGCGAGCGAGUGCAGAGCAGGAAGGGGCAAGUGGCCAAAACAAUCCGCGAAGUGUGCAAAGUGGUGCAAGAUGUCCUCAAGGAAGUAGAGGUUCAGGAGCCCAGGUUCAUCUCCUCGCUCACGGAGUGUAACGGGCGUUAUGAAGGACUGGAGGUCAUAUCUCCUGGAGAAUUCGAGGUCGUACUAUACCUCAAUCAGAUGGGGGUCUUUAACUUCGUGGACGACGGGACUCUUCCCGGCUGCGCAGUGCUGAAGCUCAGCGACGGCCGUAAACGGUCAAUGUCCCUGUGGGUUGAGUUCAUCACAGCUUCCGGUUACCUCUCCGCACGCAAGAUCAGAUCCCGUUUCCAGACGCUAGUGGCACAGGCGUGCGAUAAAUGUGCUUAUAGAGACUCGGUGAAGAUGAUCGCCGAUACUACGGAAGUAAAACUCAGGAUCCGUGAGAGAUACGUCGUUCAGAUCACGCCAGCGUUCAAAUGUUCUGGAGUCUGGCCACGAUCGGCAGCUCAUUGGCCUAUUCCUCACAUUCCAUGGCCUCAUCCGAACCUGGUUGCUGAAGUGAAAACCGAAGGCUUCGACCUUCUCUCCAAGGAAUCCGUAGCGAUGCAAGGGAAGCAGUCCGCGAUGGAAGGUGACGCCUGGGUGUUAUCAUUCACAGAGGCCGAAAACCGUCUGAUGCUGGGAGGCUGCCGACGUAGGUGCCUCAGUAUCCUCAAGACGUUACGCGACAGGCACUUAGACUUGCCCGGGAACCCGGUUUCAUCUUACCACAUGAAGACGCUACUGCUGUAUGAAUGUGAGAAGCACCCGAGGGAACUCGAGUGGGACGAGUCGUGUCUAGGAGACCGCAUCAACGGGAUUCUCCUGCAGCUGAUCUCGUGCCUGCAAUGCCGACGCUGCCCUCACUACUUCCUGCCGAACCUCGACCUCUUCAAGGGCAAGUCUCCGAGCGCACUGGAGAACGCAGCCAAGCAGGUGUGGCGACUGACGAGAGAGCUACUCACUAACACGCGCUCGCUGGAAAAACUCUGAGCUAUUCCGACAGUUAGCUCACUCACGUUACAGAAUUGUGCUCUAGAGAGACAAAAUGAUUAAACUCGAUCUGAUAUCUCUUGAGGUUCUGCUGCCGGAGAAACUUCACGUCACUUCCGGGUUUAGCAUUCCAAACAGUGGUGUAAGCAACAACAACCCAAAGCUGACAGUGUCAAGGUAGAUCGUUAUAGUAUUCUGCUUCUUGAGCUAAGAGUCAGUUCGGUGAAAUGUUGCCGCCGGUUGCUUGUUCGUGUGGCUGCUUCUAUUAAGUGCUAUAUAAAAACGAAAUGAGAUAGUGAAGAGCGCUGCAACAAAACGAUUCUAGCUUACAUGAAGGCUCGUGUGAUUUGAAGUAACAAUACAGAUCUCAAAUUAUAUCAAGAAACUCUAAACUUAACUGAACUGCGUUUCAAUGCUGCUACAACGUAUAGCUUCCAGAAUAUAAUAAUAUGUAACUUGACUUGGUGCUUAUGUAAGUUCCUCGUUCAAAUUGCACAUCUGUUCAUGUCUGUAAAAAAAUAUAACCGAUCAUAAUGUGGAUAUGCUUGUUGUUGAUAAAUCGAUUCAAUAUACAACAUACGGAGUUCCCCAAAAUUUCGGGCACAUAUUGCCCCGUUUCUUAGUAGCCCAUUCCGUGACACAAGGAUCAGUACGAACUGACAGGUCUUUAAGGCCUGAGUAUUUAUAAUUUAUGUUAACGUCCCCUCAUUACGUUCAUGUUACUGGGAUAACAUUUAUAAUGCUGUUUAAAUGAACAUCUCAAGUCAUAGUGUAUUUAUGUACAUAUGAUAUUCGUUAUGUUGGUGCUAUUAGAGUCCGACGAAGAAUAAAAAUAUGCCCAGGCCUGUGUUUAAUUAAUGUCUUUCUUCCGCCGAACAAUGUAGGCCUAUGAUUUCAAGUGUAAAAGGGAAUCUGUGAAGAAAAAAACCCACUGACAAAACAAUUUCAUGUAUCUGUUCAUUUCAGUGUUGAGUGGCGUGAUAUGUGUAUAUUUGUAUCUAUGGAAAUAUAUAAAUACGAGACCGCUUCGACAUGAAA